AUGGAGGCGGUGUUUAUACGAAGCCGGUGUGAUAGAGAAGAUCAAGUGAUGUUUGCUACGGGUCAACUCACCCUUCAGGCGAAAGAUUGGUGGGAUGCGCAUAGCAAGGAAAUAGGCGAAGAAAGGCUCCAAACAAUGACCUGGCAAGAGUUUAAGGAUCCUUUUAUGAAAUAUCACUGCCCUCAGUCAGCCAUUGAUAAGAUUCAAGAGGAUUUCUUACGCCUCCGACAGAAAAACGAAACGAUAAAUGAGAUAUCGAACAUUUUCUUGGAUAAGAUGAAGUUUUGUGGAGAGUUUGUGCAAACUGAAAGGAUGAAGAUUAAUCGCUUUUAUGGGGUAUUAAAGGCAGAAUUUAGGGAGUUCAUCACUCCCUCGAAGUGUGAGACUCUUGAUGAGCUAAUCAAUCUAGCGCGGGAUAGAGAAAUCGAAAUCAAGAGGCAAGAAGAACGUGGAGAAAAGAGACCAAAUGAAAAAGGUGGAAGUUCGACCCCGACCAAAAAGGGGAAGUAUCAAGAGCAAGGAAGAAAAGAUAAGUCGAAGAGUGGUAUCACGCCGUGCAAGACUUGUGGAAAACUUCAUACGGGGGAAUGCUUGUUAGGCAAGAAAGGGUGUUAUAAAUGUGGUAAGGAAGGGCAUUCGUCUUAUCAGUGUCCAAACAACCCGAAGACUUGCUUCCAUUGUUUUGAAAAAGGGCAUGUUAAAUCGGAAUGCCCAAAACUUCAGCAAGAGUCAAAGAAUGAAGAUAAGAAGCAAGAGGGUUCUAGAGCGAAAGGGAGGGUGUUCCAAAUUACAUCCGAAGAAGCCAAGUCUCACCCGAAUGUGAUUCGAUACUGGAGCUACCAUGUCAUUUAUUUCGAAUGA